ACACUCUCUUCAGGACAAACGGGAGACACCACUCCUUACCAGUUUUAAAGGCCGACAGAGCUAGACCAAAGUAAUCAAUGUAAGAAUGUGCAUGAACUGAAAUAGGAAAAUAAAAAAAACAACCCCCUCCAUCUGAGUUCUGCUCCUGUGAUGUGUAAGCUCAUUACUUCUCCUCCUGGAAUUAAGACACAUGGUGCUGGAUGAACACAGAGGCAAAGAAGCUCAGUGAUGCAGUUGUUAGGAGCAGUCGCUAGCUGAGAAGUCGUUCUUCGGUGGCAGGAGGUAGCACCCACCUGUGUGGAGCCCUGAAGCUUGGAAGGGGGCAGGAAGUCUGAUCCAAAGCUCUGCAUCUCUUGCUUUGUGGAAGGAUGGCUUCCCUUUUGACCCUCAUCUAUCCCACCCUGCUCACGUUGCUUAUGUAUCAUGUUGAUGCAACAAUGACGGAAUUCAAAGUACGUCCCUUCGACAAUAUUUCUCUGCCCUGCCAGUUCUCCUUUGUGGACGGCACAGAUGGCUUGUCAUUUACGUGGGAGAGGGAAGAUAUUAAGGAAGAACAUGAAGUGGAAGAUAAAGAAUUUUACAAAUUUUUUGUCGGGCUCCACGAUUUUUACCAGUUUUACCCAAAGCUGAUAUACAGCUUUAGCAACAACCAGGAACAGAUGGAAGAGCGGAAUUCACUAUAUGAGGGGAGAGUCUGGGUAGAUGAGGAGGAGAUCACCGAUGGCAGCCUGGCACUCAUGUUGGAGCAAGUACAGUUUUCUGAUGAGGCGAUAUACAUAUGUAAGGCAUAUAAUUCAAGGGGCAGGGGGCAAAGGAAAGUGAAGCUCCUCGUGCAUGAUGCUGAAGAGCCACAGGUGCAGUUCAGCACCGUCAACGAUACACUUGUGGCCAAGUGCAUCUCCGCAGGCUGGUAUCACAUGCCAAAGGUAACUUGGCGGAACCGAAAGGAAGAGGACAUUUCCAGCUACGCCACAUCAGACAUCCUGGAAGAGAAGCAGGAUGGGUCCCACAGGGUGGUAUCCAUCUUGAACUACCCUGUAUUGCUCCACGAGAUCUACACUUGCCAUAUUGAAGAAGACGACGUGCUCAACAGGCCUGUUCGAUCCAUCCACAAAGUCCCAAAGAGGAAAUACCAUAAUAUGUACAAUCACUAUUAGAAGGUUAGCAGCUGGUUGCAAGCUACUUGCAAAGAGAAGCCCUUACUGCUUUCAUCAGAUGAGUUCUUCAGCUUUGCACAGUUCUCGGAUGCAGCAGAAAGAAGAGGAAAACUAGACUAGACAAUAGGACAGUAAAAAUGUCUAUGGAAAUUCGGCUGUUUUCAUGCUGCUUCUCAACAUGCAUACUUCAAAGAGGGCAACAAAUCACAUGAGAUGCCCAAGUUCUCAUUCUAUAUUCUUAGGCACAGAAAGAGCCUGCAAACCUCUGAACAAUAAAGUGAAUGAAGUACAGGAAA